CCCCUCCUUCUCGCCUGCCCGCCCCCGCAUCGACCACAUCUAGAUCAACAAACAUGGCUGACGCCUAUCUCUGGGAGGCUCUCCUCACCCAUCUCGCCCCGGGGGCAGCGGCGGUGGUUUGACCCCCUGCGCGGGCGCCGGACAUGGACAGCAGCGGCGGCGACAACAGCCCGUCCCUGAGCGAAAGCGCGGGCUCCAGCUCCUGGAGGAAGUCCUGGGACGACAGCAGCACCCAGUCCGCGCUCAAUAUCGGGAGCGGUUCAGAAAUAGAUGGUGGUGAUGAAGAUAAGGAAAUUGCAUCGAAAGCAGUGGCAUUCGUGAUCAGAAGUUCUCGGAAGGGCGUGGUCACACUUUGUGCUGACGUUGCCAAUCUCCUGAAGAUCAAAUGGAGGUUAGAACGAACCAUCAAGGCUCAGCAGCUGGAGAUCCAUCGCUUGCUCAGCUCCUCACGGGCACAUUGCAGCCUCACCACAGCCAGCACUCAAACGGACUUCACUGGCCCUGGCUGCUCGGACCUCUCCUCAGAUGACCAGCCUGGCACGCAGGCAAUAGAAGCCGUGUCGUACAAGGAGGAACAGCAGUUUGUGUUCCGGGAAUCUCCCAGUGUGCUUCACCAGCCGGGUCAGGAAACAUUGACCGCACCACGGAAUGCCGAGUUGCCGCGGGAACUGAUUCAGAGCCACAAGUCUACGGUGUCUCGAGAGGUCCAAGUGGAGUGCCCGAAGGUCCUCAUGCAGAAGAGGUGUGAGGAGCAGCUAAUGGAAACACUGCUGCUAAAUUCCCGUCUGACAGAAGAUUUGGGAAAUGCAUGGCGACAGAUUGAACUUCUGCGUGAUCGUCUGAGGCAGAAUGAGAAACAGCCGGAGGAGACUCUGUUGGUGGAACACACACCCCACGAAAGGGGCACCGUCCAGAGGCAGGAAUCGAUGUGGUGUGACGCGGAACCAUUCCCCACUGUCUGUCACUGUCAGGCCCCAUGUCAGGGUACAGGCCAAGAGAGCUACAGGGAAAGCCAGUGCUCCAGACAGAAGCCAAGUGAAACAGAACCGGGCAGGGGGAAGAAACCCUCAAUGAAUUGCACAGUUCCAGCUACUGAAAGCCGGCUACAGCCGAGUGCCCGCCAUGAGUCACCAAGGACCAGGAGUCCUGACUAUCUGGUCGAUGCCACUUUAAGUUCCUCUGUCUUCCCUUUCCCCAUGGUCGGCUGCCAGUGCUCGAGCUGCGUCUCCUUCUUCACCAACUACAAGCUGACCAGCCGUCGGAACGGCCAGGACAAGGAGAUCAAGCCGCUGCUGCACUUCCAGAGACAGAAACUUCCUAUCAACGUUAAUGACUAUGUCAUUGUAAACGGUAACAAGUCAGGCACAGCUCGCUACGUUGGCCAUUUAGACAGUUCGGGAAUGGCCAAUGCGGUCUUCGUUGGCGUUGAGCUGGAUGAACCUAGUGGGAAACACGACGGCGUAUUUGAAGGAAAGAGAUACUUUCAGUGUUACGAGAACUUUGCCAUAUUUGUCCCCGUGCAUGAGAUAUUUUACGUUAUAAAUAGAAAGCCAAAGAAAUCCAUUUCACCUCCAGCCUCGAGGUCAGUGCAACAUCGGUGUUCCCUUGGCUCUCUUACCUCUCUGACCAGCAACGCCGGGAGUCGCGGUGAGCAUAGCCAUCCAGCCAGGAAGAAAAAGCAGCACUCGCCCAAGGACCUUAACCCAACCAGGAGAAUGCUGAGGAGAUCUGCUGCCUCGACCUCCUCCAGGGCAUCGGACGCAGCUGCAAGCCCCUCUCAGAAAGAGUGGAAUGAUGGUGAUGAGAGGACAGAGAAGGCACUGGUCCCACCCUUGCAGCCCAAAACCAACAGCCGGGGCCUCACCAUCACCGCAAGUCUACCUCCCGACUUUAGUCACUACAGACCAGUCCACGCGCCAAACAGGACCGGCCCCAGGAAGGUUGUCAGGCGAUAGUGACGGAGAAACAGCACCAGGGGAGAGUGGUCAGACUGAAAGAAGAAUCCCAGAGGCGUACCGACCGAUCGCCUCGUUUGUGAACAACACUGAAACACACUUGUAUCAUGUAGACCUUGGGCUUGUGACUGGGGCCCAGCAAGUAGCAUUAGUGAACCCACACUGACAAUACCAAGACUGAUUGAAUCCAGGACUGGGUAGCACUGAGAGCCACAGUGUCACUGUUUACUGUAGCAUUUAAUACUGCUGGUACACAACUGUAUCGAAUAAAACCUGCACUGAAAUCGGACUCAGCUGCUGUGCACUUGACAUUGGUGAUGCACUGACUCACGGCUUAUGUUGCAGUAUCCUUUCUCAUUGGGUAUAAAGUGGUGCCUCACUGCACAAGUCGCUGUUGAAACCACUGGACCUGUUGGUUUACAGUGAAAUUACAUCAGUGAUGUUAUAUUCUCUAGCUUUUGAGACAGUGGCUGGACAUCUAAAUGUUGCCAAGUGAGGACAUUUAGAGUUACGGUACGAAACCGUCCCAGCUGGCCCAUGCCAUCCAAUUACACCCAUGGGACCAGUAAUCCUACGAACCCAUUCAUCUUUUGGAACUGGAGCACCUAGAGGAAACCCACCAGGUCAUAUGGGGAAUGUUUUUGCAGAGUACGGUGGUAUUGGACGCCGUUUCCUGGCACUCUGAUAGUGUUACGCUAACUUCUGUGCUACCGUACCACCCCCAACCUGAUACUGAGAAUCCAAUCUCUCGUUUCUUCCACAGUAAUUUCCUCCUUUCGUUCUAGUUGAGAACUGAGUGCUGAGCUGGGAGAGGACCUUCACUUAGGGGUGUGAAGCUUGAAUUUAACCUCAAGGUCUAUGUAAAUGUCCCAGUGCCGUGCAAAAUGUCCGGGGCACACAUACUGUAUAUAGCUAGGGUGCCUAAGAGUUUUGCACAGUACUGUAUUUGUCAAUGUGGGGUGGAGAGGGUUUGUAAAUCUAGUGGGAGCAAACGAAUUUGGGAAAGGCAGAGAAGGAAUGGCGUGGGCAGGAGUUUUGGCAUGGGUGCAGAUACACCCAACCCUGAGACACCAGCCAAGGUCAUUUCAUUCCAAACAAAUGGUUUAUUGAUCAUGACGGAAUGCUUCUCUGGUGUUUCCGGCUCCCUUCCCUCUCCCUUCCCCUUUUCCCAAUCGUGAUUCCCCUUUCCCUGCCUCCUUUCCACUCUCAUGUCCGCAACAGAGAUGAGGAGGAAUUUCUUUAGCCAGGGGGUGGUGAUUCUGUGGAAUUCAUUGCACCAGAUGGCUGUGGAUGCCAAGUCGCUGGGUGUUAAGGGUGUCAAAGGUUAUGGGAUGAAGGCAGGAGAAUGGGAUUGAGGGGGAUGAAGGAAUGGGGAAGCAGACUUGAAAUGCUGAAAAGCCAAAUUCUGCUCCUAUGUCUUGUGGGCUUGAGUUUACUUGCCAAUGCUUACUGGAUGGAGACCAGAUGAAAACGAGCUCCGUCACUGCUUUUCAGGAUGAGUCAAUCUCUGUAAUUGGGUUUCACUUCCAAGAAUAAUCCUCCUUGGCAAACCACUGGAUGGUGAGUCAGAGAUGAAUUUAACUGACACAACCAAAAGUUUUUCUUAAAGAGUAUCACAUGCACAAAAUGUUGGAAAAACUCAGCAGGUCGGGCAGCAUCUAUGGAGGGAAUAAACAGUCGAUGUGAGAUGAGAAAGUCUGUAGAUGCUGGAAAUCCAAGCAACACACACACCAAGUGCUGGAGGAACUCAGCAGGCCUGGCAGUCAACCUUUCAGACUGAGACCUGAUGAAGGAUCUCGGCUCAAAACAUUGAGUGUUUAUUCUUUUCCUUUGCUGCUGCCUGACCUGCUGAGUUCCUCCUGCUGUUGGUGUGUGAAGCAGUCAAUGUUAUGGUUCAAAACCCUCCUCUGCUUGAAACUGUUCCUUUGCAUAGAUGCUGCCUGACCUACUGAGUUCUUCCACCAUUUUGUGUAUGUUACUCUUGAUUUCCAGCAUCUGCAGAAUCUCUUGUGUUUGUUUUUCUUACAACCUACAUAGCAUCUAAUUCUCCAAUUACUGUUCAAUCAUUAAACAGGCAGUGUUCUUCAUUUUUGAACCAAUCUCUAACUGCAGUGGCUGAUUAAACCAGGCAUAUCGCAAGCCCAAACAUGCUGGCACGAAGAAAAAUCAGAAUUCAGACCUCACCAAUAUUCAUAACAAGGACCAGAGGUGAUCACCUGCCCAAAAGCAAAUGAUUUGGGCCUGAGAGUCAGGUGGGAAAACUGUGGAGGUACUCAUAAAGCACUUAUUUCUCCCCUAUUGGCUAUUUCUGUACCUCGCCCAGGAGAUUAUGUGACUUGCCCUUAAGGCACGUCUGCUGGUGAAAAAUUAGUAAUUCUGUGCUCCGUGAGGCAGCUUUGAUUAAAUGGCUUUUUAAAAACCCUCCUUCAUUUGAAUCUGCCCAUCCUUUCUGUCUACCUAUCAUCUGCUGCCAAUAAUAGGCAUGCAAGGAUAUAUUUUUAAACCUACUUCAGUGGUCACGGCCUGAUGUGCUGUCCACUAUGCUUCUGUGAUAUUUCCCUUGAACUUCAGGGAUGGUUAGGUAUAGAACAUCAGCCAACCGUGCUAGGAGACUGAGACAAAUCCUUGUUUUAAUGGUCGCAGAAGUAAUGACGUCCUAGUUGAACGUCUCUUUAAAAACCCUUGAUAAUGCAGCUUGGGUGGAGGGCCCCCAGAACACACAUUCUUGACCAGAACAGGCAUGGGUUCUCAUGCUUAACUGUUACUGUACAGAUACUGUGUCUCCUAGGCAAGUCCAGCACUUCUCAGCUCUCACCGCCCACCCUCCAGGAAGGCUAUGUCCUGAGGAGGUGUGGUCGAAACUGCAGCGGUCUGUGGUUUUGCUGCAUGGUCUGCUGAAAAUUGAAAUGUUUAGGGGGAACCUGAGGGUAUCUCCUCACUCAGAGGGUGGUGUGACUGCGGAACGAGCUGCCAGUGGGUUUGGUUGCAACAUUCAAGAGAUCUUUGGAUGAUGAGAUGGGAGGAUUAUGGAGGAAGAUUCUUCAGGUCCAGGUCAAUGGAACUAAGCAGAAUAAGUUUGGUGCAGACUAGAUGGGCUGAAGGGCUGUAGCAUUCUAUGUGAGAGAUACGUUGGCUGUUUCUGCAGUGUGUUACAACUUGAUAUAAUCUCUUUAUAUAAGGCUUUUGUAUUCACACUGUAGAUGAAAAUGUUAAGAAAUAUCCAUUUUCAGAAUUAUAUUGGGCUUAAAGUGAAUAUAACUUAGCUAACAAUUGUUUAGACCAGGGGUUCCCAACCUUGCUUAAUGGUAUUGGUCCAUGGCAUAAAAAAGGUUGGGAACCCCUGGGUUAGACUGAAUUAGUGUUUUUUUUCUGUCUCGAGAUGUUUUAUCACGUUGCCUGAAAGGGAGGAUGUUAAUAGACUUCGACUUGUUGGGCUGAAGGGUUCGUUUCUGUCCUUGUCUCUCAGUGCUUCCAUGACAAGUUGCAUUAAUUGAUAUUGAUAGUAAGUAACACAUCAUUUGUACAAGUCUCAGUCAAUGGAGAUAGAUUAUUUGCAUCCUACAAUAGAUGGUAAACAAACGUCACUUGGAGCUUGAAGGGAGCUCACAACUUCCAUGGUUUGCAUUUAGACACUUCACCCCAUCCAUAAUGAAUUAGCAAGUGUGUAUGUCUCGGGUGUGUGAGAGUGACAGGCUAUGAGGACUUUGUUAUCCUUUAAGAGCCCGGGUCUGCGUUCAGGGGAGGACCCAGUGCUUGGACAAUCAAAACAGCAGGCCAGAUAGACUGAAAAGGCAGGGUGUCAGGACCGGAGGCGAGGGUUGAGCUGACUCUGCUCAGCAAUGUUUUACUCUGCCCUCAGCGCUGAGGCCGAGGCUGUGCCGUGCUCUGGCCGUUCCGGGCUUAGUGUCUGCGAGCUUCGGGGCAGUUUGUCUCCGUGUGAUGGACUUGGGCUGAGACUGUGGGCCACUCCAGCUGCUCCCGACUUCGGGUUUAUGGACUCAAUUGCACUCCGAAUGUUGAUGCUUGCUUUACUGUUUGCAAGAUUUGAUUUGUUCUUUCCUGUCUGCUCAUUGGCUGUUGGUCUUUUAUUUAAUUGGGGUUAUUUGAGUUUUCUUGAGGCUGUCUAUAAGCAGAUAUGUUGAUUAAUUCCUACAUACUUUGAUAGUAAAAUGUAUUUUGAACUUCGAGACAGAGAAAUGCAAAGCUUAGGCUUAUCUUGAGAAGAUCUCUAACUAUUUUCUUGAUCUGCUACUCAAUGACUGUGUGUAUGUCUGGAUUUGGGCAAAGACAAAUCGACUUUUACUUCUGUAACCAUAUUUGGUGCUGGUUUUGAACUGUUUAAGCCAUCCUACUAAUAUACAAAGUGAUGAAUUAGGCAAUUUGAAAAUAUACAACCCCCUUGAUGUGGUUCUGGUUCUUUAAAUAAUCCAAAAAUGUAGCUAGACAGGUCAGGCUGCUCUUGUGAACCUAUCUGGCCACACCUAAAGGAAACCAGAUCCUUGAUUUUUAUUGCUUUUCUUCCUGUAAUCUAAUAAUUUCCUUUGCAAAUUUACAUUAUUUGCAAAGAGAGCAUCUUUCAAUUACACCUUACCUUCUGUGCGACUUCCCAAAAAAGGUUUUUCAAAGGAUCGUAAAUUUCUUAUAUUGCUGAGGCUAAAACGUUAACAUACAUAUUGUUUUCACAUCUCUCUCUCCUUUUGUGAUGUCUCAUUUUCCUAAAUUUUCAAUUAAAUGUGCUUUGUAUCAGUUUGCUUUGACAAGGACAGUUACUUGGCAGUAAUACAGUGCAAGGCUGCCAGGAAGGCGAGGGCGCCUCAUGUAGAAGAACACAGUAGCAAGCUGAACAGUGCACGUCGCACACAAUAUAACUCAGCCAUACAGAUUAAAUAAAGGGGCAGUAGAAAAUGGAUUUGAUUUUCCCUGAACCUAUUUAUACCAGAACGGAUGUGCAAAAACCAGAUUAGACAAGAGUUUUACUGAUUACAGUUCAUCAUUGUGUUACUCAGUGGGUAGAACUGCUGCCUCCUCGGUGCAGUGGCCUAGGUUCAACCCUGACCAUCACUACAGAGAGAAGGCAGGAGAAUGGGGUUGAGAGGGAUCAUAAAUCGGCCAUGAUGGAAUGGCGGAGCAGACCCGAUGGGCCAUCUGGCCCACUUCCGCUCCUAUCUCCUGUGCUGUCUGGAGUUUUCACGUUCUGCUUGUGACUGUGUGAGAACCCCUGGGUGCUCUGGUUUCAGACGUGCGGAACGGUCCCCAAUAAACUGUCCCUAAUGCAAGUGAGUUGAAAGGUCUGGAUGGGAAUGUUGGGAGAACAAACAAUGCCAGCAACCCAGGUUUAAUUCCUGCUGCUGUCUGUAAGGAAAUUGUACAUUCUCCCUAUGACUGUGUGGGUUUCCUCCCACGUUCCAAAGAUGUACGGGUUAGUAGGUUAAUUGGUCAAAUGGGUUAACUGGGUGGUGUGGUUCAUUAGGGGAAGGGCCUGUUACCUGCUACAUGUUUAAAUAUAUACGCCUGCGUGUUCUUUUAGAAUAGAAGGCAAGGCUAAAAGGAACCUUGGUUUUUGAACCUUGGGGAACCUUGGUUUUUGAAGGAUACUGGGGCUCUGGUUAAAAAAGAGGUAAAGGCAAUUAGGAUUAAAUCAGCACUUAAUGAGUAUAAGAAAUGCAAGAGAACACAGAAAGCAGGAGGGCUAAAAGAGGACCUGAGUUUGCUCUGGCAGACAAGGUGAAAAAGAAACCCAAGGACAGCUGUAGAUAUGUGGUGCAAAAGGAUAUCAAGUGAUUAACAACGGUCCAUGUGAAGAUCAGUGUGGUCUUCUGUGAAUGGAGCCAGAAGAGAUGGGGCAGAUCUUUUGCAUCUGUAUUUACUCAGACAAUGGGCACAGGCUCUAUAGAACUAAAGGCGAAGGUGUAGUGAGGUCAUGGAUCAUGUAAUGGUUACCGAAUAGGGAGUGCUUGCUGUCUUGAAGCCGAUUAGGGUGGCUAAGCGCCCAGAGCCUGACCCCUCAGACCUUGUGGGAGCCUAGUCAAGAAAUUGCAGGGGCCCUAGGAGAGAGUCUCAAAACUUCCUUAGCCACAGUGAGGUGCAAGAGGACUGGAGGAUAGAUAGUGUUGUUCAAGAAAUGUUCCAAUAAUAAGCCGGGGAGUUGCGAGCUGGUGAGCCUGAUGUCAUUCGUGGGCAAAUUACAAAGGACAAGAUGUAGAAGUAUAUGGACACACAGAACUUGAUCAGGGGUCGUCAACAAGACUUGGUGUGUUUUAGGCCAAGUCCGGCCAAACUUGGAUUGCCAACCCUUUUAACACCAUAGACCAAUACCAUUAAGAAAGCGGUUCAUGGACCUUGAGGAAGAAGUGCUAGGCAAACUCAAAGGUAAGCCAGAUGGACAACAUCCCGGAGUCCUGAGAGAAAGGUUACUGAAGAUGCAUUGUUCAUGAUCUUUCAAGAAUCAUUUGAUAUAUAUAUAAUCAUAUCAUGGUCCUGGAGGACUGAAAGAUUGCAAAUGUCACUCCACUCUUUAAGAAGGAAGGAAGGCAGAAGAAAGGAAAUUGUAGGGCAGAAAGCGUAAUCUCAGUGGUUGGGAGAGUGUUGGAGUCUAUUAUGAAGGGUUUUGGGGUACUUGGAGACUAAUAAGUCAAAGUCAACAUGGUUUUUGUAAAGGAAGAUCUUGUCAGGCAAAUCUGUUAGAGUCCUUUGAGGAAGUAACAAGCAGGGUGGGCAAAGGAGAGGCAGUGGUGUUACUUACUUGGAUUUUCAAAAGGCAUUUGAUAAGGUGCCAGACAUGAGGCUGCUUAACAAGAUAAAAUCCCAUGACAUUACAGGAAAGAUGCUGGCAUGGACAGGAAUGGCUAACAGGCAGGAGGCAGUGAGUGGGACACUAGAGGGCACAGCUUCAGAAUUGAGGGACAACCUUUUAGAAGAGGUAAGGAGGAAUUUUUUUUUAAGCCAGUGAGUAGUGAAUCUGUGGAAUGCUCUGCCACAGACUGCAGUAGAAGUCAAGACCGUGGAUAUAUUUAAGGCGGAAGUUUAUAGUUUUUCUAUCAGUCAAGGAUUCUAAGGAUAUGGCAAGAGGGCAGGUGUAUGGGGUGGAGUGGAAUCCAGGAUCAGCCAAGAUGGAAUAGCAGAAGAAAUUCAGUGGGCUGAAUGGUCUAAUUCUGCUCCUAUGUCUUAUGAACCCCAGGUUGGGAAGGCCUGUUACAGAAGUUUGAGACUGUGAGAAGGUGGUGGAAAUUGUCUACAUGGACUUCAGCAAGUCCCUUGACAAGAGAGGCUGGUGCAGAGGUUAAGUCACUUGGCAUUCAGGCUAAAGUAGUAAACAAGAUUCAGAAUUGGCUUAAUGAGAGAAGACAGAGUGACAGAAUCAGAGUCAGGUUUAAUAUCAUCGGCAAAUGUAAUGAAAUUUGUUGUUUUGUGGCCCCCUGGUAGCAGCAGAGACACCGAGGAGCAGAUUGGGAGGCAGAUUUUGGAAAGGUGCAAAAAUAAGAGAUGUUAUCAUGUUAUCCUUAAUAUUGAUUGGCAUCUGAUUAGUUCCAAGGGUUUAGAUGGGGCAGAGUUUGUUAAGUGUGUCCAGGACGGAUUCCUGUCACAGUACGUUGACAGGCUGACUAGGGGGAAUGCCAUACCAGAUCUAGGAUUAGGUAACGAACGGGGUCAGGUCACAGAUCUCUCAGUGGGUGAGCAUCUGGGAAACAGGGACCACCACACCCUGGCCUUUAGCAUUAUUGUGGAAAAGGACAGAAUCAGAGAACAGGAAAAUUUUUAAUUGGGGAAGGGCAAAUUAUGAGGCUAUAAGGCUAGAACUUGCAGGUGUGAAUUGGGAUGAUGUUUUCACAGGGAAAUGUACUAUGGACAUGUGGUCAAUGUUUAAGGAUCUUUUGCAGGAUGUUAGGGAUAAAUUUGUCCCAAUGAGGAAGAUAAAGAAUGGUAGGGUAAAGGAACGAACCAUGAGUGAAAAGUGAGGUGGAAAAUCAAGUCAGGUGGAAGAAGGCAGCAUACAUGAGGUUUAGGAAGCAAGGAUCAGAUGGGUCUACUGAGGAAUAUAGGGUAGCAAGAAAGGAGCUUAAGAAGGGGCUGAGAAAAGCAAGAAGGGGGCAUGAGAAGGCCUUGGCGAGUAGGGUAAAGGAAAACCCCAAGGCAUUCUUUAAUUAUGUGAAGAACAAAAGGAUGACAGGAGUGAAGGUAGGACCGAUUAAAGAUAAAAGUGGGAAGAUGUGCCUGGAGGCUGUGGAAGUGAGCGAGGUCCUCAAUGAGUACUGCUCUUCGGUAUUCACCAAUGAGAGGGAACUUGAUGACAGUGAAGACGAUAUGAGUGAGGUUGAUGUUCUGGAGCAUGUUGAUAUUAAGGGAGAGGAGGUGUUGGAGUUGUUAAAAUACAUUAAGACCAAUAAGUCCCAGGGGCCUGAAGGAAUAUUCUCCAGGCUGCUCCAUGAGGCAAGGGAAGAGAUUGCUGAGCCUCUGGCUAGGAUCUUUAUGUCCUCGUUGUCCACGGGAAUGGUACCGGAGGACUGGAGGGAGGCGAAUGUUGUCCCCUUGUUCAAAAAAGGUAGUAGGGAUAGUCUGGGUAAUUGUAGACCAGUGAGCCUUAUGCCUGUGGUGGGAAAGCUGUUGGAAAAGAUUCUUAGAGAUAGGAUCUGUGGGCAUUUAGAGAAUCAUGGUCUGAUCAGAGACAGUCAGCAUGGCUUUGUGAAGGGCAGAUCGUGUCUAACAAGCCUGAUAGAGUUCUUUGAGGAGGUGACCAGGCAUAAAGAUAAGGGUAGUGCAGUGAAUGUGAUCUACAUGGAUUUUAGUAAGGCAUUUGAUAAGGUUCCACAUGGUAGGCUUAUUCAGAAAGUCAGAAGGCAUGGGAUCCAGGGAAGUUUGGCCAGGUGGAUUCAGAAUUGGCUUGCCUGCAGAAGGCAGAGGGUUGUGGUGGAGGGAGUACAUUCAGAUUGGAGGAUUGUGACUAGUGGUAUCCCACAAGGAUCUGUUCUGGGACCUCUACUUUUCGUGAUUUUUAUUAACAACCUGGAUGUGGGAUUAGAAGGAUGGGUUGGCAAGUUUGCAGAUGACACAAAGGUUGGUGGCGUUGUAGAUAGUGUAGAGGAUUGUGGAAGAUUGCAGGGAGACAUCGAUAGGAUGCAGAAGUGGGCUGAGAAGUAGCAGAUGGAGUUCAACGCGGAGAAGUGUGAGGUGGGACACUUUGGAAGGACAAACUCCAAGGCAGAGUACAAAGUAAAUGGCAGGAUACUUGGUAGUGUGGAGGAGCAGAGGGAUCUGGGGGUACAUGUCUACAGAUCCCUGAAAGUUGCCUCACAGGUAGAUAGGGUAAUUAAGAAAGCUUAUGGGGUGUUAGCUUUCAUAAAUCGAGGGAUAGAGUUUAAGAGUCAUGAUGUAAUGAUGCAGCUCUAUAAAACUCUGGUUAGGUCCCUUCAUGUUGUGAAACAACCUGAUGAUACUGAGUAGAAUAAGGGGCAGCUAAUCUUGGCAAGGAUCUCAAAGAGGCCCCUUCUGCUCACAAGGUUGAAAACCUUAGUAAGAUCGUUGAAGGCGAUGUAGAGUGGUUUCUGCUGUUCUCUGCACUUUUCUUGCAGUUGCCUGAGGGAGAAGAUGAUGUUGAUGGUGGACCGCUCAGCUCUGACCCCACACUGAGACUCAGUAUAGAGCCUUUCUGUGAACAGCUGGAGCCUUUUCAGGAAAAAAAACUUACCCACAACGCUGAGAAGAGAGAUGCUGCAUUAGUUGUUACAGUCGCUCCUAUCCCACUACCUAUAAAGUGCUUCAAAUGGCAUGCAUCUCUAACAGCCUCUGACAACCAAGUCCAAAUUUUGGCCUUCAUGUAUGCUUUGGCUAUUAGGCCUGGCAGAUCUGUUUCUAUGGACACGAGAAGGGGCUAAGGCGGGCCACCGAUGCCUCGAAACCAGUUGCUUCGGGCAAGUGGGGCUCGUCAGCCUUGGAAAGCAACCCGCCUAGGAGAAGGAAAACCCUGAAUUUAAACCUCCACUGCCUUGCGGCCAAACCCACCCAUAACGUGAAGUAAAGGGAAUUACAGAGGCAUGAGACAGAAGCUGGCCAGACUUGAUUGGAAAGGAACACUGACAGGAAUGACAGCAGAGCAGCAACGGCUGGAAGUUCUCAUAGCAAUUCAGAAGGCACAUCCUUAAGAGGAAGAAGUAUUCUAAAGGAAAGGUGACGCAACUGUGGCUAACAAGGAUCGCAAGACACUGCUGGUUACCAAGAACAUCGAGUACUGCAAGCAGAUCUACCUCACUAGCAAGUUGCAGGAUAGCGGUGCGCACCGCGUUACAGUUUGCUUCAGCCAGGAACUUGAUGCGUGAUCCAACAGAUGGUGCAGCUGAUUGCCUCGGACAUUUUGUUGGGAUUGCCAGACCUUUUUAGACACUGAUAAUGUACAAUACUGAGAGUCUGAUUCACUGGUUCAUUGGCGAGACAAACAGCAGGGGAGCUGCGUGGCUACCUGUUGCAGCCACCAAGGAAGGAGAUGCUGGGUCUGGCUGUGCGCUGCUCAGUUCAGUGCUGGGUUGGGGGCUGAAUCCUCAUGCCAGUGCUGCCCUCCAGUGAAAGCCAAAUUGGAUUGAGUUCAUCCGCAGCUGCACUGCACUAUAUGAGGAACUGCUGUGGGCUGGUCUUGCAGAAACUUGGCUCCAGGACAACAUCUAUGCACCAUUAAUCAACAGGCCAUGACACUCAGGGCUAUUUUAUUAUAUUAUUAAUAUCAUCUUUUAUAACUGUGUGCUUUUCUUUUAUCAUAGUCAUAUGUGCUUUGUGUUGUGUGUGACUGUUGGCCCUGUGUUUUCACCUGUCCCCAGAGGAUCACUUUAGUUUGGCCAUAUUCAUGUGUGUGGUUGAAUUAAACCUGAACUUGUUAAAGGCUAGGCACAGCAUCGUGCGUCAAAGGGCCUGUACUAUGCUGUAACGUCCUAGAUUCUAUAUUAUAAAUAUCUGCAAUACAUCUUUCACCAAUGAUCUGCAGGAGCCCAUGAACUCAACAAGCAAUGAACCAUGGUCAACAGCUGACACUAGGC